AUGUCAUUAUUAGUCAGAACUAUUCAAAGAACAUCAAUCCUUGCUCCACGUAUGGGAUCAACUGCCUUUAUCCUCAGAGCAAAGGAUAACCUUAAAGAAAGAGAAGAUGCCUUGGAAGAACAAUAUGUCAAGGAAAAGGAAAAGGAUGACCUCAGAAAAUUAAAAGACAAAUUAACAAAGGAUGAAGCUAAAAAGGUUGAUACUAGCAGUGUACAAGGUGUACAAAGAUCAAAGAAGGAAAUUGAUUCUGAAAUUGUUAGCUUGGAAAAGAAAGUAAAGGAACUCCAAGACCAAAUUUCAAAGUUAAAGAAAAAGUAA